AAAAGUUGGACGCCUUCAGCUUUUUGACAUUACACAUAGGAAGAAAGAUGGAUCUCCUAUGACUUCUGAAGCUGUAGAAAUUAUGCUCGCAUCAAUACAUGCCUUCGGGGAGUCAGGCUCAAGUUGAAGUUCAGAGGUUAAGAGACCAGAUAGCUCAGAUGCAAGUGAGCACAGUUGAGCAAAUUACUCAACUUAAAGCGGAGGUAGCAUCGAGAGAAGCUGAGGUUCAAAGAAAAUAUGAAGAUCUCCAGCUACAACUUAAAGCAGAGGCAGUAGCGAGGGAAGCAGAGGCAACAGCAAGAGAAGCAAAGGCAGCAGCGAGGGAAGCAGAGCAGAAAGCACAACGCACUUCAACUACAACUUCAGAAUAUGAAGAAGAUGUUUCAACAGUCGCAAAAUCCGCCAUCUUAAACUAUUGUAUGAAUAUUUUUAACAUUUUAACUUUUAACAUUAUUCAUGUUUUGGAUAAUUUGAAUCGUGGCUACCUUUAUCUCAAAAUUAUUGGUGUUAAUCGCCGGCGUUCUCACACAACAUCUGCUGAGCCAUUGGGAUUUCUUCCCAAUUAUUUCCUUGUUGCUCUCUUGGAUCCUUAG